AUGUGUGGUUGGGGUUUUGGUGGAGAUGCUCUGCGCCAUUUCUGCUAUAGCUCUCAGGAAAAUGUUGAGCAUUUGUUCUUCCAAUAUAGUUUCAGCUAUAGAGUAUGGAGAGCUGCUAUGGAGGGAUGUAUGACAAGACCUGAAAUUGAAUGGGAGAAAGUAAAGGACUGGUAUGAAGCUAAGUUCAUUGGUAGAAGCUUAAUGGCUAAUCUCUGCAGAUUAUUCUUAGUUGCAUCAAUCUACCAUUUAUGGAAGCUCCGAAAUGAUCUUUGUCAUGGAAACACUCCUAGGACAGAAGAGGUGGUGGUGAAGAAUAUUAGAUGGGAGGUCCGGACCAGGGUGAUGGCUAAAGGAAGGUUCAAGAGAUCUACUCAAAAUGAGAGGCUUGCUAAACUAUGGAAUUUGAGUACUUUGGUUUAG